CAUCGAAUCUGACAUCGAUCGAUGACCCAACGUCGAUCAUCAACCUGAACAUCGGGGCUGCCCUGAUAUACUCAUAUUUGUACGAUGCAAAGAAAGAACAUAAAUAUAUUCAAUACGGAUUGCAUGUAGCAGACUAUGUAUGCGUGUUGGGUUGGAAUGAUCUUAUUCAAAAAGAUGUUUAUAAUCAUAUGAUAGAACUGAUUCUAGAUACUGAAGAAAUUAGAGAAAAAAAUCCUGAAUUUUUGCAUAUGUUGCAUGAUGCAAAUUUGCUAAAUAUUUUUGAAGAAAUAAUUCCAAGAUUACUAUUGCCAGGAAAACUAUCAAGUUUUAUUAAAAAGUACCUUAAUGAAAAAGAGAUGAGAAUCUCUAAUGAAUAUAAAUCUUUAUAUACUUUGACAAGAACCUUUAUUGAUUCAAU